AUGGAUCAGGUUGUCAAUGGCAGUUCUAUUCGUGUGCAAGGUGAAGCUGAGAAGUCCACACAGCUGAAUGAAAACACCCUUCAAUCGACCCCACCUAACGAUGAAGGUAUCCUGGUUCCAUCUGGGACUGGAGAACAAACAUUGGAAAAUUUAGAGACCUUGUCAUGUGUACCGAAAUGUGCGCUUAUGCAAUCAAAGGCGAUAAGUCUGAGAAUAGAUCACAUUCACAUGGGUGCCAGUGGGGUUAAUUCAUCGAAGGCAGUCAUGCAUUCCGAAGCUAGUGGCGGUCCCGAGAAUAGCUUAUCACCCGCUGAUCGUAAUUCUCAAGGCAUAGCAUCAGUCCUUACAAGUGAAAAAAUGAAAAAAGCGAAAUCAGAGGCUGAGCAGGCUGUUAGGGUAAGUAUAUUUCAUGCUUUAUGCUGUGAAUACUCCUUGCGUUGA